GGGAAAGUGUAAGCUCCUGAGGUGUCCGCAACAGUACCGACUGCUGUGCCAACUGCGACCACUCUUUUCCGUCUCCUGUGUCUGUGUUUCCCGCUGCGCCUCCGUCCGUGUGCGUGCGCUUUGCCUGGCUUUUGAAUUAAACGAAUAUUCGGAUUCUCAAUUUUUCAUUUUUCUUUUAUUUAUUUAUUUAUUUUUUCUUAUUAAAGAGGCGAAAGUCUUGGAAGCCAACGGUUUCAGUUUCAUGCGGAGAGUAAAAGGGAGAGCCAAAAUCAACGCAGCAGCUGCGGUCUUUGCGGCUAUUGGACCGCGAUUUAUCUCCUUCUCAUUUGGUUCGGAUUCAGGCCACGACACUGGGGGUGCUUAAUAAUCUUUCAAUUUCUCGGCCAGACUGUUAGAUA